AUGAAUAUAUUACAUUUUGCAUUAGUAGUAUUAGACCCGCAACUUAAGUUUAAAUAUUUUGAAUCACUGGACUUACUAUUACAACUUAUUACUGAUAUCAAAAAUAUCAUUAAAAAUAAGUAUGAAAAUGAGUAUGCAUCUUUUUCUGAUCAAAGUAUAUUGCAUGAAACUACAACACGUUCUACAAUAAUGUCACAGAUAUAUCAGUCACAGUCAAAUGAGAUGAAUUAUUCUGCUCUUUCAAAAUUCACAAGAGACUGUCUUUCAAUCCCAGGAACAAGCGUUUCUAGUGAACAGGCAUUUAGUAUUGGUG